CUUGUAAAUGCCGAUUGCGCGAUCUCCUUCCCGCUACUAGUUCAUCUAUCCAUAUCCAGAAAAAAAAAAUGGAGUUCUUCAAGCUGCCCCUCUCCCCGCCGACAUUCUUUUCCCCUCCUCACUUGUUUUGCAAAACUUCAGACCACAUUGUUCUGAGUGUCAACUCCAAUUUUCUUACCUCUUCAAUCCGAGUCAAGGGCCCGUUGUUCAUAUAUCCUUCUUUGUCUAUCUUUGACAUCUCCAAUCUGUCCAUCCCGUCCUUUGAAACCCCACUUGACCAGUCAGCACGUCAUGGCCCAACAGGUCGAGAGCAAUAACAAUGACCAUUUGGUCCAAUCUACCGACCCAGAGCACCCCUCCAACUUGAUCCCUGAACUUUGUCGCAAAUUCUAUAACUGGGGAUGGGUCACUGGCACUGGUGGUGGCACUUCCAUCCGACGCGAUGACCACAUAUUUAUUGCGCCGUCCGGUGUGCAGAAGGAAUUAAUGAAGCCAGAGAACAUCUUCGUUCUCCAAUUCCCCACUCCCAAAUAUCCCCCCUCCGAGCGCAAAUAUAUCCGCAAGCCACUCGACCUGAAGCCAUCGGCCUGCACUCCUCUGUUCCUGGCGGCCUUUGAGCGUGGUGCUGGCUGCUGCAUCCACACUCACUCCCAAUGGGCCGUCUUGGUGACGCUUCUAGUGGAGCGUGAGAAGGGCCCUGGAGGCUACUUCGAAAUCAGUAACAUUGAGCAGAUCAAGGGUAUCCCUCGCGGCAAGGGCAAGGGCAUGUUGGGUUUCUUUGAUACUCUGAGAAUACCGAUUAUUGAGAACACCGCCUUCGAGGAGGAUCUCACUGGAAGCUUGGAGAAGGCCAUGGAGGAGAACCCCGACACCUGCGCUGUUCUUGUGAGAAGACAUGGAAUUUAUGUCUGGGGAGAUAAUGUUGCCAAAGCCAAGACCCAGUGUGAAAGCUUGGAUUAUCUGUUCCAGCUUGCUGUGGAGAUGCACAAACUCGGAAUUCCAUGGGUUAAGGAAUAGCUGAAUUUUAUAUGCGAAGGGCUUGAUCUCGGUCAUUGAGGACCCUGGGGAAGUCGUGUCCGAGUCGACUAGGUUGAGACGCUAUAUUUUGAAGAUACCACCAUUAUGAUGAUGAUUUGCUAAGUUGGGUAAAGAAACUAUAUGCAUGGAAAGAGCGUUAGAGGAUUUAUAAGCCCAUACUGGAAUAUAUAUUGGAGCUCAGUUUAUGCUGCAUCUUAUCCCUAUCGAGGGAGUACUGUACUAGUUAGUAGCCUUUCUGUUGACAAGAUUGCAUAGGAGGGGAUGCAUGCAUAGUACGGAGUAUGUGCAUAUGGAAAACCACGCUUAAAUAUAUUGCAACCAGUAGGCUCCCGUUAACUACUACAUAGUAGUUAGUAGGCUAACUAGUUAACAUAGCUGAUUACCUAACACAAUUGCAUCCCCUUUCGAGAGAUUGAAUCGUACAUCCAUACCAACUAUGAAUUCUAAAUUAACAUGUAC